GUCCUGAAGAUUGAUGGAGGGCCAUGCUAUUCAAACAGCAGGCGUUGCUGAGACAGAAGCUCUUUGUGCUAGGCAGCCUUGCUAUUGGAAGUCUCCUAUAUCUAGUUGCCAGAGUUGGGAGCUUGGAUAGACUGCAACCCCUCUGCCCCAUCGAUGGUCGAUUUGGACCCCGUAGCCAGGACGAAAUUCCACUGCGAGCUCUGCAGUUCAAGCGAGGGCUGCUCCAUGAAUUCCGAAAGGGCAAUGCCACCAAGGAGCAAAUACGACUUCACAAUCUUGUCCAGCAGCUUCCCAAGGCCAUUAUCAUUGGGGUGAGGAAAGGAGGCACCCGAGCACUACUGGAGAUGCUGAACCUUCACCCUGCAGUGGUCAAAGCUUCUCAAGAGAUUCACUUCUUUGACAAUGAUGAGAACUAUGCCAAGGGGAUUGAGUGGUAUCGGAAAAAAAUGCCUUUUUCUUACCCACAACAAAUAACAAUUGAGAAAAGCCCUGCAUAUUUUAUCACUGAGGAAGUACCUGAAAGGAUUUACAAAAUGAACUCAUCUAUCAAAUUAUUGAUCAUUGUCAGGGAACCUACCACAAGAGCUAUUUCUGAUUACACUCAGGUGCUGGAAGGUAAGGAAAGAAAGAACAAAACUUACUACAAAUUUGAGAAGCUGGCUAUUGAUCCUAAUACAUGUGAAGUGAACACUAAGUAUAAGGCAGUGAGAACCAGCAUCUACACAAAACAUCUGGAGAGAUGGUUAAAAUACUUCCCAAUUGAGCAGUUUCAUAUUGUGGAUGGAGACCGGCUCAUCACAGAACCACUGCCAGAACUCCAGCUGGUCGAGAAGUUCCUAAAUCUUCCUCCGAGGAUAAGUCAGUACAAUUUAUACUUCAAUGCGACCAGAGGGUUUUACUGCUUGCGAUUUAACAUUGUCUUUAACAAGUGCCUGGCGGGUAGCAAGGGACGCAUCCAUCCAGAGGUGGAUACUUCUGUCAUUACCAAAUUGCGCAAAUUCUUUCAUCCUUUUAAUCAAAAAUUUUACCAGAUCACUGGGAGGACAUUUAACUGGCCCUAAACUAAACUUCAUACAAAACUUUCUGUUGCACCUGAGACAUGCAAUAAAUGUCUCUGCUAAAAUAUGCACUUUUCAUAGACACGGCUGUCAAAGUAAUUUUUUCUCAUGCAAAAGUGUACAUAUGCAGUGUGUGACCAAAUAUAUGUGGGAACAAUUUUUUCUACAGAAUAGUAACUAAUAUAAAUUUACUGUCAGCAUAUUUGCGUCUUUUAAGAUAUAACAACAAAGGGAAAGGAGGUAUUUAGGGAAAUAAAGUCAGACACGGUUGAAAGGGUCAGUGUUCCUCUCGCUCUAGUGAAGUGUUUAUGUGACAUACUUAUGAUCUAAGCAGAACACUAGUUUUUGCCAUAAAAAUUCAUGUCAAAGGUCUGUGAAGCUGUGAGAAAGCAUAAUCUUCAGGCUAUAUUUGGUAUGUAUAUUGCUAAAGGAAUACUGAUGCUUUAAACACAGUGCUGAAUUUUUACAAUGAGAGUGGAUAGUACUAUUUUCUUAUUAUUUGAAAUUAAUAUCUGAUCUCAUACAAAAUACAUUGUUUCAAGAGUUCCUGUGGUGAGUUUGCACUAUUGUUUUAUUGUAUGGACCAUAGUGUCACUUGUAGCAUGUCAAUCGUGUCAAAAAAAAAGUCAAAUAAUUUUUUUCUUCUAUGCUUGUGUGUCAACAAAGCUAAACAUCGUGUACAUAGUGUACAGUGUUUGUAAAUACUGGUUUCACACUAAGUAAUUCUAUUUUGUAAACUGAAUAUGCCUAUUUAAUUUAUUGUGAAAAUUAAAUUUAUUGUGGUAUUUAAAAAUGGAAUGGAUUAAAAUUACCUAUAUGCGCAA